AUGGGUACAAGGGUCUCGAACUAUAUGAACGUUUUUAUUCUUGUUGCAGUGGUCUCCGUUUGUAACUCUUGUGUCUAUGCUUCUUCGAGGCUAAUUCAAGCUUUGGGAGCAUUGGGUCAACUUCCAAAAAUUUGUGCUUAUAUGGACAGAAAGGGGAGGCCUUUGGUUGGUAUCGGGAUUAGUGGUAUAUUCGGUCUUUUAGGUUUCCUGGUUGCAUCUAACAAGGAARGUGAAGUCUUCACCUGGCUCUUCGCUYUGUGCUCCAUUUCAUCUUUUUUCACUUGGUUUUGUAUUUGCAUGUCGCAGGUUAGAUUCAGAAUGGCUUUGAAAGCUCAAGGAAGAUCCAAAGAUGASAYUGCCUACAAAUCUAUGCUCGGUGUGUAYGGGGGUGUUUUAGGAUGUGUGCUAAAUGCCCUGCUGAUAGCCGGUGAAAUAUAUGUUUCAGCUGCUCCAGUGGGCGRCCCAAGCACAGCUAAAGGAUUUUUCGAGUACUGUUUAAGUAUCCCGAUUAUGAUUGUCGUCUAYAUUUCGCAUAGAAUUUACAGAGGYGAUUGGAAACAKUGGUACAUCAAGAAAAGUGAAAUUGAUCUUGACACGGGGUGUUCCGUUGAGAAUCUAGAACUCUUUAAUGAGCAAAAACAGGCCGAGAAAGAAGCCAUCGCUUCAAAACCAUUCUACUACAAAAUUUACAGGUUUUGGUGUUAG